GUGAAGACAAAAUCAACCGUAAGUAAAUACAAGUGUUUCGAUUCUCUGUUGGUUUCGAUUCUGUCCCUAUCAACCCCGUUCAGAGAAAAGCCAUCAUCAUCAUCAUCUGGUUCGGUCGCUCGUUUCGAAAUUUCUGGUUUCAGAAGUUAACGUUAGGAGAAGAAGGAUAAUGGUGGUAGUAUUAGGGAUAUUGGAUUUCGUCGUUGCUGGCGUUUCUCUCAUCAUUGGUUUGUUCCUUUUUGGUUUCAUUACUUCCCUUCUAUGUGCUGCCGCCUUCUUCAAUAACGUCAAGGACGUCUCCUAAUUCAACUAUUAUUUCACUUCUCUCUUUCCAACUAUUAGUUGUACUUGCAUUUGGGUCUUCUUGGGAUGCCUUGGAGUUUUCUGUAUGAAAUGUAUCAAAAACCUACCUUCGAGCUUAUGCCGGAAUGAGUACAGAUGGUGUUUCAGUUUCAGAAUCUUUCUGAAGUUUGGAAACAUCUUAUUCUCAUAAUUGCUUAUAUUGGAAUGGAUUAUCUUUCUUCACCAUCCUGCUAAAGCUAGUACUGCUUAAGGUUCAUGCUUGCCACAAUACUAUUCUUCUCUGGACCAUUUUGUUUUACACUCUUCUAUAUAUUAUGUGAAUGAGAUGACAUCCAUUAUUAAUUGAAAGAUAUAUCACAGUUUUGGAUGUUUCUUUCAUCUUACAUGCUUCACCAUUCUGUGAAUAUUUAAUUAAUUGCCUAAAUCCGAGUUCGGGGAUGCUCUGAGUCCUUGCCUUAUAGUUUAGCCAUUCCUUUCUCCUGAAAGGCUGAAACCUAAAACAAAAAUCAGUAUAGAUAACAGAACACAAGGCUUUUGAGCACCUAUAUCAAAAUUGAUACUCUUGGACUUGGUUGAUUAUAACUUGGUGUGAUAAUCUGCUUUGUUCACUUGUAUCAUUAGUUUUGGGUC